AUGUUCUUCUCAACCCUCUCCAUUGCUGCUAUCCUUGCAGCCCUCCCUUCUACUCUCGCCCUUCCUAAUGUCACUGCUAAAGCGCUUCCGGCCGACUGCUCUUCCUACCCUCUCUACAAUGAGGAGACAGGCAACGCAGGGCCGUGGAUCCUCAACCUUGCCAAUAGCGACAAUGCAGACAUUGAGGGCUGGGGUGACAGCUCAGUGUACUCCUACUCAUACAGCCCAGCAACUGGCCCAGUAAUGCGAUGGGGCUACAUGACAAUCGUCUCCAACAACCAGUUUGCCAAGACUGCCUUGCAGUGCCAGUCCUCUCGUCUCCACGCUUGGACUGACACGGCGUUGACCCGCGCUGGCGCUCCUACCAAUGUCGCCUGGACACCUCUAUCACUCUCGCAGUACCCAUACGACGCCAGCCUCUUGUACUUGAUCGACGGGGAUGCGCCGACGCUCUACGAGCACUAUGUCGGUGACGUGAAGCAAGACGGAUACUUUCUCGGCGGUUACAACACCACGACAUGGGGCGUGCAGUGGCAGGAGGCGACUGGUCCUGGAAGCUACAACCAGCCUUUCUUCUACAUGAGGCUGCUACCGGAGGGACAGAGCUUGAAGGCUAACGAGACGAAGAGCUUUGUGAAGAUCGCGUACUAG